AUGCCCGCGGAGGACAUCAGCGCCCUCCUCGGAAUGGACAAAGUCGCCGCAAUAAAAACUUAUCGCGCCGCAACAGAACACGCGCUAAUGCGAGCCAACUUUCUCGUGACGGAUGAUCUAGUCGUCUUACAAGCCUUUGUCCUAUUUCUCUCGCUGAGCAGCUUCACCGACGAGGCGAAGCUAGUCUGGCCGCUCACGGGCAUUGCGCAGCGCCUUCUAACCACGGACUCGACUGGCAGCGAUGACCCGGUCUCCCAGGAAAUCCGUCGCCGUCUUUACUGGCAGCUAUGGUACAUGGACAAACGGGCCAUCGAGGACCAGGGCAAAAGCGCAGUAGACACGACGCAGGAUACCGUUUCCCUUCCGCGCAACAUCAGCGACACGGAAUUAGAUUUAGGUCAUACAUCCUCAACCACGCAGGAGAAAGGAUGGACGGAAGCAAGCUUCCUUCUAAUCCGACUUGAUAUCGCUAGAACGCGCUCAUCGCUCGCCACUGCGCAAUCCCUCUACGAAAAAGAACAGCUCAUCCAGCGCUGCCAUAACCGUAUAAAGUCACGAUAUCUGGUUUCCUGUGACGGCAGCCAACCCAUACACUGGUUAGCGAAACACGUCUCUAGUGUUCUCAUCGCUGAGAUGUGGUUCGAGAUUCAUAGCGCGGCAUGCUCAUUUACGCUUGGCGCCAUGAUUUCCUCUCGGAGCACGCGAGCCAAACUCUUCUCCACAGCGGUUAGUAUCGUCGAUAUCCCUCGACGGGUGCAUGAAGAUCGCCAGGCGAAAGCGUGGAGCUGGUUGCUCAAGGGAUACCUUCAGUUCCAGCCUUUGUGGUUUGUGGCGGCGGAGCUUUCGUCGCGGUCAAUGGGGGAUUCGCUCAGUGUGCGGGCUUGGGAAGUAGCACAUACUGCGUUUGGGAGAUGGCCGGAGGAGACGAGGAGAACGAGACAGGGGAAAUUGUUGGAUGGCUUGUUGAGAAAGUCGCAGGAAAGAUGGAGGGGGAUGCAGCAGGAGGCUGCGCUUGCUACGGCUUCCUUGUUGACUGUUCCUCUAGCAGAUGAGGCUGUUCAGGAAAGUGACAAGUUGGGUCCGUCGUGUCAAUAA